UGGCAGCAUCAACAGAGACUUGUUAACUCGUCUGGAUACAAGGCGUAGAAAAAGCGGACUCUUGCAUUUAGAAGGGUAAUAAAUAAUUAGACCCUUUGUAAGGUGCUGCUCAGUCAGACGAGCUAUUUCAGCUCAUGCGGUGAUGACUUUAGACUCCAUGAUGGCUUGUUGCCUGAGUGAGGAGGCGAAGGAGUCCAAACGAAUCAAUGCCGAGAUCGAGAAGCAACUCAAACGAGACAAGAGGGAUGCACGCAGGGAGCUGAAGCUGCUGCUUUUGGGUACUGGAGAAAGUGGCAAAAGCACUUUUAUUAAGCAGAUGAGAAUAAUUCAUGGGACUGGCUAUACGGAGGAGGAUAAAAAGGGCUUCACCAAACUGGUCUAUCAGAACAUCUUCACCUCCAUGCAGUCCAUGAUCCGUGCAACUGAGACGCUCGCAAUCCCCUUCAAGUAUGGACAGAACAGGUCUAAUGCUGAAAUGGUGCGGGAAGUGGACGUGGAAAAGGUGACAACGUUUGAUGAGCCAUUCAUUACCGCAAUAAAGAUGCUUUGGGCUGACCCUGGCAUUCAGGAGGCGUACGAUCGCAGGAGAGAGUACCAGCUUUCUGACUCAACCAAAUACUAUUUAAGUGAUCUGGAUCGUAUUGCUGAAACGUCCUAUCUACCAACCCAACAGGAUGUGCUUAGGGUUCGAAUCCCAACCACUGGGAUUAUAGAAUACCCUUUCGACUUGCAAAGCAUCAUUUUCAGGAUGGUGGAUGUUGGGGGUCAGAGGUCAGAGCGGAGGAAGUGGAUCCACUGCUUUGAGAACGUCACUUCCAUCAUGUUUCUGGUGGCACUCAGCGAAUAUGACCAAGUUCUGGUGGAGUCCGACAAUGAGAAUCGUAUGGAGGAGAGUAAAGCUCUGUUCAGGACUAUCAUCACAUAUCCCUGGUUCCAAAACUCAUCCGUCAUCCUGUUCCUCAACAAGAAGGACCUGUUGGAGGAGAAGAUCAUGUACUCUCACCUGGUAGACUACUUUCCAGAGUUUGAUGGUCCACAGCGAGAUGCUCAGGCAGGUCGAGAGUUCAUCCUUAAGAUGUUUGUGGACUUGAAUCCAGACAGCGAGAAGAUCAUCUACUCGCAUUUCACGUGUGCCACUGACACGGAGAACAUCCGCUUCGUCUUCGCAGCCGUCAAAGACACCAUCCUGCAGCUCAACCUCAAAGAAUACAAUCUUGUUUGAAGGAAAGCCAGCAAGACGCCACCAACUUCCCCCCACAAACACAGACGGAAACCUUGCAGAGUUAACUUCCAGAGACAUAUGCAUGGAACACACAGCUGCUCAAUGAGACGGGCGUUGCUACAGUCUUUACCAGACCAACGUUAUCCUUAUUCUGCUUCUCCCCCCAUACUCAGAUUUUUGGUUUGCUGACAUUUUAAAGAGUCUGUUUUGUUCUUUUUACUAACUGCUGCUACUGCACAGUAACACACAAAACACACUGACAUUUAACACUCAUUUGUCCUCUUUUUGGAUCAUUUGUUGGCUUCUUUUGGCCCCUCAAUAUGGUUCACAUUUUCAGCCCUACACUACGUUAUUGUGCUUGAGUGUUCAGGGUGGGUGGAGGGCCUUCUCUGGAUAGAACGAGUUUUAUAUACAAAGGGCUCUCUCCUGCACUUAACCCCCCCCAGCAUGCGAUACACUACAGCGUGAGGUUUGGAGGCCAGGCUGCAGACUCCUGGACUCGUCUCAACUGCAAAGAUUCACUAAUUUUGAAAGUAUCUACCCAAGCCAUGCGACGUGUUUCCCUCACUCUGACCCAUACGAGAGCACAGGAGCUCUAUUGAAUGUAAAUAAGGUUUUCAUGCUGCUCACACAAAAGUGAGGGCUCUAGAGAUGACUACACAUUCUCUGCUCACUUUAGAUAUUCUUGAUUACAUUAUUUCCGCUAUCGUUUGUCUGAUAA